GCUACUCGUGGAUCUGAGCAAACAGUAAAGGAGGAGAGGGUGUGCGACUCGUGUGCAUACACAGUCCAAUUCGCGCAGUUGGACAGCGUCUGUUGAGCGGAGGUUGUCGUCGGUUUACUGGAUUCGCCACAACAAGUCCUGAAGGGGAAAAUUUGAACAUUUUCCCCUCUGUGAAGAUGGACCAGAAAGAUACAGAGAUGAACGAGAAAGGAAUGCCUUCCUCAACCAGCGGAGUUGUGGUCCAAGUACGGGAGAAGAAAGGUCCUUUACGUGCAGCCAUCCCCUACAUGCCUUUCCCAGUAGCAGUAAUUUGCCUAUUUCUCAACACAUUCGUACCUGGAUUAGGAACCUUCGUGUCGGCCUUCACGGUGCUGUGCGGGGCGCGGACGGACCUGCCCGACCGGCACGUGUGCUGCGUGUUCUGGCUCAACAUGGCGGCCGCCUUCAUUCAGAUCCUCACCGCCAUCGUCAUGGUGGGCUGGAUAAUGAGCAUAUUCUGGGGGAUGGACAUGGUCAUUCUGGCAAGUAAGUAGUUCUGUAUACAGUUCAAUCCUCUCUUUGUGACAACAUGUUAUGGUUUACAGAGGAUCGCUCGACUGGAAAAAUGCACUGGAGUCACCCAAAGUAUAAACCAAACGUUGCUGUGACCAGCGACAUCUGACUCUCUGUCACUGCACUAUGAACUGGCCUUAAAGCUUACCUGGCAUGUCCACACAAUUCAGGUCUAUUCUUAAAGGCCCACACGCAUAUCUUUUGUGUUUUUGAGCUUUACAUAACAUCCAGGACUUUUUAAUUUGGGUUCCAUACUGAUCCAAGUAAAACAAGUGCAAUUUUGGUAGAAGUAUGCAUAUUUUAGGUUCUAACUGCUGUUUUUCCAAGCUGUUUUUAAAACGAUUUUCCACAUGACAUGAUGUAUGUUUUUGCAUAAUUA